AUGAAGCCACUGCUUCGCCAUGCUUCUCGCUCGCUUUUGGCUGGCUUUGCGCCGGUAACAUCGUUUUCACGACCGAUAGGAGAAUCCGGGAGGGCGUCAAUAUGCCUGAGGUGUCAGUACCGGGCAGCUUCCACCACGUCGAAAUGGUCGCAACGAUUGUUUUCAAGCUCGACGAGGUGGAUGGAGGAGCGGAAACCGUCCAAACCCAUACCAAUGCCGCCGCCCGCAUCAGAUUCAAAGUCAAUGAGCGAGAGUAGAGCGCAGGACAGUGUGGAAGAGCGGGCACGCGCAAUCAUGGCUUCUAUCGAGGAUCAAAAGCGCCUCCUUGAAGAGCAAAAGAUGCAGGCAAAGGAGGAAGCUGCCCGCGUGGAAACUGAGACGGUGCCAGAACAAUUGCCAACGGCGGAUGCCCAAGAACAGUCACAGGAGAACUCGUCUGCACCGGGAGCCAAGAAAGAUAACGUUGCAGACAACAUAAGACGAGUGCCUGAUGAGCACUUGCCAUCACAUCGCGAGCGGCAAAGAUGGGAUUUCUCAAAGCGCUUCUCCGAGAUCAUGGACGACAUGCUGCCGAAACUUGCGGUAGUCACACAGAAGGUGAACUCCUACACCGGAACCGACUACUCAGGCGUGGAAGCACUGAGGCGUGAGAUCAAGGAGCAAGAAAACCUCGUCAAAGCCCGCCGCUCCGCCAUUGAUACCGCAAAGCACGCCCUCGAUACCGCACAUGCCCAGCAAGCCUCCGCGCAAAAGGAAGUCGUUGCACUGCUCGAGCGCAAACACUCUUGGUCCGCCGGCGAUCUCGAACGCUACAUGUCUCUCAUCCGCUCCGAACACGUCAACGACCAGGCGAUCAGACAAGCCAAGGAAAGUGUUAUUGCAGCAGAAGCAGCUUUGGAAGAGGCGCGGACACAAUUGGAAAAGCGAGAGCGUGCUCAAUACCACGAGGAGCAGAUCUGGAGCGACACCAUCCGACGGAACAGCACAUGGGUGACAUUCGGACUUAUGGGCGUCAAUAUCUUUUUGCUACUCCUCAGUCUGGCGAUACUUGAACCUUGGAGAAGAAAGCGGAUGGUCCGGGAGAUCAAGAGUGCACUGGAAGCACAGUUGGAAGCAUCCAAGCCGGCUCUUAAUGCGACGACGGCGUCUUUCGCACCCACAGCAGCGUCGAACAGCACUCAGCACCAGCUUUCAGCAAUCGAAGAAGAGAUUGACAGGGUUACUGAUGAUGCGGAGUCGAUUGCCGUGGAAGCGCUACCAGAUUCCAAAGAUUCGAUAGUCGAAGGGUCAUCUUCCGCCCCAAUGGGUGCAAUUCUGCCAAUGCAAGCUCCCGCUGCAUCCACACAGACACCCAUCAGCGUAGUUGAUCCUGCACUGGGCGUUGCAUCACCGAGCGCUACCAUUCCUCACCCGCAGGACACCCCGGCGCCACAACAUGCGAGCCCCGAUAUCCCAGAUUCUCCACGCAGCAAAUUUGAAAGCUGGCAAAGCAAGGUCACAGCCGUGGCACAAGACGUAGUGAGCGAUCGAGUGAUUUCGAUGCGGAGGAUCGAGUACACGUCGGCGAUACUUCAGGGCGCCGCCGCUGGUGCGAUCAUUACGGCGUCGAUUAUUGGCAUGUUGCGGCCGAAUUGA